AGCCGACUGAGCGGCAUUAUGUCACAAUAAUUGUAUUACACUCAAAAAGCAACAAUUCGUGUGAUACUCAUGGAAUUAUGUAUUUCUGAUGCAAAAACGAAGAUUACAAUGAAUGGAUUUUGAAGUCCUCUCAAGCAAAAAUGGAGACCGAAAGCAAUAACUUGUUAGAUCAACUUCGGCUCAAACAUGAGAAUCACGCGAAUGCGGUGGAAAAGUUGAAAUCCAUGAACGGUGAAGGUCCCGAUGGAGUGCGUAUGAAGCUCCGAGCUCUUCUGGUGGCGUUGCUGGGCGUGUCCAUGUCUGCUUGUGCCUUCGCCUCGCAGCCGGUGGAAUUGGAGCUUGAUGAUGACGAGGUUGCACAGCGGCUUAACAAUGUCAGCUUCGCUAGACGAAUUACGAAACCUACCAUUCGUCUUGUGAUGGGAUAUGGGAAGCUGAGUGCGUUCGUCACUGCCGCCACCUCUUUAUUGCUCCUUAUUGCCGUUAUGUCGAAGCAGUCCUGGUGGCGCCGCGGGGCUCGGUGGCUAGCGGCGCCGGCGCUGCUAGUGGCCGCGCUCGAGGCGGCGUCGGACGCCGGCGACGCGAUGCUGGCGGCCGCACUGCGAGGCGCCACCGACCCCGCUCGCGUGGCCGCGCAGACCGCCGCCGCGGCCGUACUAGUCACCGUCGAGAUAUUGGUCUGGUAUUUUAUUGCAAAAUUUUUUGAGUAUAACCCACCGUCAUCUACCGAAGAACGAGGCAAAGAAAAUCUUAUGAAAACUCUCCCCCAAUAAACUUAUUGUAUUUUCAGUCUAGGUACAUUAUAGAAGUUACUUAUUAGUACAUAACUUUAUCAAAACUUGGUUUCUUGUGUAAUUUUGAAAUGAAAGUCAGUAUAAUAAA